CGAGGCAGGCUUCUGACUUUGUGGGUCAGCCUCUGUCUGGAAGCAUGGCCGCGUUCUGAUGGCGUCCUCCACUCAGCUUACCCCUUCCCCAGUCUGACCCGGCAUGGAGCCUGAGAGCGAGACACCAAUGAAGGGAAACCCCCCUCAAGACAGCAGAAAUAUGGAUCUCUCCCAUAAAUUAUCUAAGAGAGAGCUCACCCUGCUGUAUGAAGAGGUCCUUUAUACCAUUCUCCAUCGUGUGGGCAAAAUGGAACUUAAUCAAGUUACCGAUCCAGAUGAACUCUAUGAAUAUGUGCAAAAGGCCUUCAAUAUUGAUCCAGGAGAGCAUCAGAUUAUACUACAGAGGGUCAAACAGCUAGAGAGGCCAAUUUUUUGUCUUAAAGCAACUGUGAAGCAAGCCAGGAAUAUUCUGGGUAAAGAUGUCAGUGGAUUCAGUGAUCCAUACUGCCUCCUAGGGAUAGAAACAAAAAAACUGGGCUCUUCAGCCCAUUGUGCUUCUCAUCAAGAGAACAAAAAACGAUCCAAGGCUGUGGUGAGGAACUUGAUCCCAGAGGACCAGACCCAUCGUACACAAGUCAUCCGUCAGACAUUAAAUCCAGUGUGGGAUGAAACCUUCAUCCUGGAGUUUGAAAAUGCAGAAAAUACCCAAUUCCAUCUAGAUAUGUGGGAUUUUGAUGAUGUUGAAACUGUACGGCAUAAACUGGGAGAACUGACUGAUCUCCAUGGCCUGAAGAGGAUUAUUAAGGAAGUUCGGAAAAACAAAGGACAGGAUGAUUUCCUGGGGAAUGUGGUCAUUCGUUUGCAGGACCUGCAUUGUCGGGAUGAUCAUUGGUACAGGCUGGAACCUCGCACUGACACUUAUCCCAACCGAGGGCAUUGCCAUCUGCAGUUUCUUUUGAUACAUAAGAAGAGAGCUACCUCAGCCAGCAAGACACAACCAAGUUACACAGUUCAUCGGCAACUUCUUCAGCAGAUUGUUUCAUAUGAGAUUCUUCAAUACCAGGCUGGCAGCACUUCCUGGGAUGGAGAGUUAAGCAAACAUGCCAGUACAAUCCUGUAUCUACAUGCUACUCAGAAAGACAUUUCGGAUUUCCACCAAGACAUGGCGCACUGGUUGGCUUACAGCAAGCUGUACCAGAUCCUGGAGUUCAAUAGCAACUGCCUUCUCCAUCAGAUCACCAGCAUAGAAUAUCAGUGGAUUCAAGGCCGAUUAAGAUCUGAGCAGACAGCUGAACUGGAAGACUCUUUCCGGUCCUUGCUGAACUAUGGGAUUUCUCUUCUUCAAAGGUACCGGAUCGUCUUCCCACUCUCCUCAUCCAAAUCCACCCAGAGGCUGCAGUCACUGCUCAGGGUUUUGGUCCAGAUGUGUAAAAUGAAAGCCUUCAAAGAACUUUGUACUCUGAUUCCUGAUCUUGAAGAAAUGGUAACAGAGGCACUUAAGGCGGGAACAGCAGAGUGGUUUCACAUGAAGAAACAACACUUGAAGCCAAUGGUAAAGACUAUGGAGGAGUGUGGCAAAGCUCUGGUCUGUCUUCUUCUGGAGGUGAAUGCAGAUCUCCAACAAUGUCACAAAACCUGGAACAAAUAUUUCAUCAGCACCAUGAGAGUAGAUCUCUUCUCAAUUGCAUAUCUUGAAAUGCAGGAACUGGUUUCUUGUUAUGUCAAGGAGAAGCUGAGCAAGAUUGACAGUGGCAUGUCCCAACUGACAGCAGAGAGCCUUUUCCAGCUUUAUCUCAGCAUGAAGGAAUUCUAUUCCAUGAAGGAUUUUGUGUGCAGCAGGGAAACCCCUCUUGCACUGACAGGUUUCCACUUAUGGUUUAAGGAAGCCAUUCCCUUGUGGCUUCAGAAGACAUACACAAUAGCUUUAGAAAGGACUCAAAGAGCCAUCCAAGUGGACCAGUUGACGCCACUGGGAGAACUGAAUAAACACAGUACAUCCACUGUUGACCUAUCCACUUGUUAUGCUCAGAUGGUGAAGACCUGGCAACAGCUGGAUUGGCCUGAUCCCGAAGAGGCCUUCAUGAUCAUGGUGAAAUUUAUUGAGGACAUGUGUAAAAUUGCUCUGAUGUACUGUCGGAUGAUCAAAGCAAGGGCAGAGGAAUUGUCCUCCAGUCAAAGUGCGGCAGGAGAAGCAGCAAACAGGCUCUGUGUUGUGGUGAACAACAUUGAGCAGCUCCGGAUGAUGAUCCUCAAGUUGCCCCUACAGCUGGACUGGGCACGCCUGGAACAGAACACUGGGCCUGUCAUUACCCCAGAGCAGAUCCAGCACACACUGCAUCAGCAGCUUCAGGCUUCCGUUGCCUGCCUCAACAAUGAGAUCCGAGGAGUGGUGCAGACCCUGGCGACCAAACUGGAUGCUGGAAUUGCCCAACACAUCCAGGAAUUGUCUGUUUCCAGUGACUCCGACAACCCAGAGGAUUGCAUCACGCCUUUAAUGAGAUUCUUGGAGUGUGAGCUUCAGUAUCUAAAUGGGAACCUGGUCCAGGAGAAUUUUAACAGUCUUCUGGAGCUUCUGUGGAAUCACACCUUGGACUUGCUGAAAGAAGCUACAAAACACCAAACUGGAAAAUUGGACUACUUUAGGAAAUUUCAAUUUGCACUCCAGGGCUUGGAAUAUUGCUUUCAUGGAGAAGGCUGUGGACUGUCAAAAGACACCCUUCGCACACCAGCCUUUACAGCUCUGGAGAAAGAGUUGGAUCUUUGCUCUUCCACCAGCAGAAAACUUAUUUGGAAGUAUUUCAGUGCCCGAAUCCAGCAGCAGGAAGAGGCCAGCCCUGAAAAAUACGGUGCUGUGACCAUCAAAGCUUUUUACCGCCACUCAGAACAAAAACUGCAUGUUGAAGUACUCAAUGCUGUUAAUCUCCUUCCCAUGGACUCGAAUGGCUUAAGUGACCCCUUCAUCCAACUCACUCUGGAGCCACAGCAUGAGUUCCCUGAGAUUGUGACACGGACAACUGAGUGCAUAAAGAACAGUCUCCACCCUCUGUUUGAUGAAGCCUUUGAGUUUUUGGUUCCUCCAGAAAAAUGUCAGCAAGAUGGAGCAUGUCUGCUGCUUACAGUGUUUGACUAUGACACUUUGGGAGCAAAUGACCUGGAGGGAGAAGCUUUCCUCCCACUCUGCAAGGUCUUGGGACUGAACGAGGCUGAAGAGUCAGUCCACCCAUCCAGAGUACCACAGAUCCGUUUACCUUUAACUCAUCCUGGAACUGCUGGCAAUGACAUCCUGAAGCUCCUGGGGACCCGCAAAGGAGACAAGGAAGCGCAGGCCUUCGUGAAGCUACGCAGACAAAGGGCAAAGCACUCCAAGGAGCUGGCAUGAUGCAGUCCAGCAAAAUGGGUUGAAGCACAGGUUGAACCAAGGGGCAGCGGAAGCUCUGCUGCCAUGGCAACAGCGGACCAUACAGGGGAGAAUGGGGAGCCGUGAGGCUCUCAUUAUUUCUCCUGGUGGCUUUGAUGCAACGAACCAGGAACCAGACACUGGAGGCUCUUUGUCGGUGUGAAUUGAAGUGCUGUGGCACGCCAAGCUGCCGGUUGUGUUUGGAUGAACAUCUGAUCUAUUUUCAUCUAAGAGACAACAGGAAGGAGCCAUGUACCCCCACCCCCCAUUCUCCCUUUGCUGCAGGAGUUCGAAAAGAGCCGAAGGCAGGGGAGCAUCCGAAGCUGCUGGAGGCUAAGGUGGUUGCGAGCUGAUCUGUGCCUAUCAGUAUGCAUGCAGUGCACCUCUGCUGGAAAGAGCCAGGCUGCUUGAGUAGUGAAGCUUGUGAUGAGCCCCUCGUGAACCUUCUGCAGGAAAUUCUUGCUCUGCGCUCCAGAUGGCAUGGGAAAGGGGCUCCCGCGGGAAAGAAGAUCAACAUUUGGGAGGAGAAAAAAAUGGACGUGUUACCUAUCACUGUCUUCUGCUACAGAGCCUGGGACUGCCUUCUGCUUAAGCACCAUUGAUUUAAAAAGCAGUUAAAUUGAGAAACGGCUGCUAACAGCUCCCAGGCCUCUUUAUUAUAUCCAGGGCACGGUUUUCAUAAUUGCAAAGCAGCACAGCGAGGGCUGAAAAAUAAAUAGGAAAACCCUUGUGGUCAAAAGCAA